GAAUAUUUAAGCAGCUAUAGGCCUGAGCUAUAGGCUAAGACAUUGUUUUAAUGGUGUAUAUUUACGAAUCCAGUGUUACAUGUGUCAAAAGCUUGACUAUGGAUAUCUUUGAUACGGAAUAUUUUAAGAUUAAUAAAUUCUUUCUUUUGUUUAAAGAGCUAUGGCCAUAUCAAGCGUUAUUUAUAAGAACUCUGAGAUGAUUAUUUACCGAAAUUGAUUAUUGUGGAAUUAGUAUAUUGGGCAUUCUAGUUACGUGCGCAUCGAUGCUAACUAUUGAAUCGUCGUAUAUAACGUUUACAAAUAAUUAUAACAAUUUUAGAAAAUUAUAAUUUAAGGAUGGAGAAGAAUAUAGAACAAAAUUAAUAAAAUUUAUGUAUUAUAUAACAAAUAAUUCCCGUACGUGACUAUUUAAAUUGAUCUCAAAUAAUAUGCACUUGCUACCUGAAAUAGUCUAUAAGUCAACUUACAUAUAUACUCUUUCAAUUAAUUUAUCACCAGUUUAUAUCAGUCACAUUAGAACAGAAUUAUUGGCAUUUGGCAAUAGCAUAAAACAGUAUUAUUAACAGUAUUCUUUUAACAUAAGUAUCAUAUAUACUAUUAAUGUAUAAAGCGUGCAUUACGAUGACAGUCACGCGACGUUACAAAGUAACGUCAUACUCCAUUGAUAACUAUAGCAUUGUGAAAAAGAGGCAACAAUUUAAAUGGCAUUUCUUUCUUGAGAGUGAAUAAAUAGCCUAUUUCAGCUUUGAUGCAGAAACCUCGCUGGUUCAUAUUACUUAUGUCUUGUUGUCAGUCUUACAAAUUACGCUUGAUAGUCGUUUAAUAAAUAUCGCUUGUACAAAGAAGAACGCGUGUUGAGAAAAAGAUGAUUCAUUAUUCAUAAACAUGCAACGCUGUGCUUGCAGUGGACUUUCUCGCAGUUCUCCAUUAUUUUCCUGAGUAGAAAAUUUUGUUUCGAAAUGUCCAAAGGAAUACACAAUGAGAUCCGUAAUUAGGUAUAAAUAUUCGAUGUGAUGUCUGAUGAUCUCGCAGUACUUCCUUGGUAACUUGCUAGAAUGUCAGUCUACAACAGUCGUUACUAUUAUCUCAACAAAGUAUUACUAUCUAUCCUAGGUUUAUGGCCGUAUCAAUCGCGACUGGAGGGAAACUUAACGCUUACCAUUUCGUUAUUAUUUAUUGUCAGUUUUUCGAGCUUAGAGUUGUGGAGCUUGAUAACCGGCAUAACGGAUUUGUCUAUUGUCAUAGAGAAUCUGUCAUCCACACUGAUAAACGUUUUCCUAGUAGGGGGAAAGAUGGCCAAUCAUUUGUACAAGUACAAAAUGAAGGAUCUUUUGGAUCGUAUCGAAGAAACUUGGAAGAUGAUACCAACAGGCCCAGAGAAUAAAAUAUUGCAGAAGUACGCGGAGGAAAGCAGAAGCUUCACUGUAUAUUACUCAUUGAUAAUGUAUACCAUAUGGAUUUUCUACUCUACGAUGCCGGUUGUCCUCCGUGGAAUAUAUUCGUUUUUACCGAACCAGACGUACGAAAUUAAAUUUCUGUUUCGCGUCGAACACGUGAUUGAUGUAGAAAAGUACUUUAAUCUAUUGAUGAUAUAUGCGAUCAUUAGCGUGUUCUACAUAGUAAGUGUAGUGGUAGCAAUUGACUGCAUAUUUGUAGCUUGCAUACAACAUAAUACCGCAUUGUUUGAAUGUAUACGAUUUAACAUGGAGCGCAUAAGAUCUGUGGAUUGUGCUCAAGCUGAAACUCAAUGGAUGCUCAAGCCAAACAUAGCUGACGAUGAAGUAUAUCAUAUCAUAAUUGGCUGCAUCAAAUCGUAUAAGAAUGCUUUAAACUUUUCCAGCGUACUUUCUUCUGCUAACUCAGAACUGUUUCUGGUACUGCUAGGAAGUGUUAUAGUGUGCUUAAGUUUCAGUGCGGCUCAGGUGAAUAUUCGAAAUUACAUAUUGUUAAAGUUAAUGCUAUUGGACAAUCAACUGGAUGCGAUUAUUAGACUCAUCUCUCUAAAUGUGGCGGAAUUAAUGCAUAUAUAUUACUUGAGUUUGAUGUCACAACAACUGAUCAACUACAGCACUGGAAUUCAAGAAGUAAUUUACAACUGCGACUGGUACACGAUUUCGCUGAGAUCCAGACAAUUGUUAAAAUUUACUUUACUGCGCGCUAGUAAACCGUGCCAAAUAAUGGCUGGAAAUCUGUAUGUAAUGUCGAUGGAGAACUUUGGUUCAAUAUUCGAUAUGAUAUCCGAUGAUCUCGCAGUACUUCUUUGGCAACUUGCUAGAAUGUCUGUCUACAACAGUCGUUACUAUUAUCUCAACAAAGUAGUACUGUCCAUCGUAGGCCUAUGGCCGUAUCAAUCGCGAUUGGAGGGGAACGUAAUGGCUAUCAUUACGUUAUUGUUUGUUGGCAGUUAUGCGGUCUUAGAGUUGUGGUGUUUGAUAGCCGGUAUAACGGAUUUGUCUAUUGUCAUAGAGAAUCUGUCACCCACAGUGACACACUUUCUCGUAUUGGGAAAAAUGGUCAACAAUUUGUACAAUAAUUACAAAAUGAAGGAUCUUUUGGUUCGUAUCGAAGAAACUUGGAAGAUGAUACCAACAGGCCCAGAGAACGAAAUAUUACGGAACUACGCGGAGGAAAGCAGAAGCUUUACUGUACAUUAUGCAUUGGCAAUGUAUACCAUAUGGAUUUUUUACUCUACGAUGCCAUACGUUAUGAGUGGAUUAUACAUGUUUAUGCCGACGAACGAAACGUACGAAAUCAAAUUUGUGUUUCGCGUAGAACACGUGGUUGAUAUGGAAAAGUACUUUAAUCUGUUGAUGCUAUUCGCGAUCAUUAGCGUGUUCUACAUAUUAUCGAUAGUGAUAGCAGUUGACUGUAUAUUUGUACUUUGCAUACAGCAUAUUUGCGCUCUGUUUGAGAGUAUACGAUAUAACAUGGAGCAUUUAAGAUCUUUAGAUUAUGCUCAAGCUGAAGCCCAAUGGCUACUGAAGCCAAAUGUAGCUGAUGAUGAAGCAUAUCAUAUCAUAAUUGGCUGCAUCAAAUCGUAUAAGAAUGCUUUAAACUUUUCCAAGGUGUUUGCUUCUGCUUAUUCAGCAUUGUUUCUGCUUAUGUUAGGAAUUGUUAUAGUGUGCUUAAGUUUCAGUGCGGCUCAGUUAAUGCUGUUGGACUAUCAAUUUGAUACGUUUAUUAAAACCAUCGCUCUAAAUGUGGCGCAAUCCUUACAUAUAUAUUAUCUGAGUUUUAUGUCGCAACAAGUAAUCGACUACAGCAAUGGAAUGCACGAAGUAAUUUACAACUGUGACUGGUACGCAAUUUCGCUGAGAGCCAGACAAUUGUUAAAAUUUACUUUACUGCGCGCUAGUAAACCGUGUCAAAUAACGGCUGGAAAUCUGUAUGUAAUGUCGAUGGAGAACUUCGGUUCAGUACGUACGAAUUUAUUGCUGUUGGACAAUCAAUUGGACGCGAUUAUUAGAAUCGUCGCUCUAAAUGUGGCGGAAGUCAUACAUAUAUAUUAUCUGAGUUUAAUGUCACAACAACUGAUCGACUACAGCAGUGGCAUUCAAGAAGUAAUGUACGCAUAUUUAUUGGUACUUCUUUGGCAACUUGCUAGAAUGUCUGUCUACAACAGUCGUUACUAUUAUCUCAACAAAGUAGUACUGUCCAUCGUAGGCCUAUGGCCGUAUCAAUCGCGAUUGGAGGGAAACGUAAUGGCUAUCAUUACGUUGUUGUGUGCUGGCGGUUAUGCGGGCUUAGAGUUGUGGACCCUGAUAGUCGGUAUAACGGAUUUGUCUAUUGUCAUAGAGAAUCUGUCAUCCACAAUGGCAAACAUUUUUGUCAUAGGAAAAUUGGUCAAUAAUUUGUACAAUAAUUACAAAGUCCGCAUGUCAUAUUCUGCCGCGUUAAAUAAAAUGAAUCAUUUCGUGAUUUUGAAAUCAAACAAACUUGUUUACGCUGUAGAUGAAGGAUCUUUUGGUUCGUAUCGAAGAAACUUGGAAGAUGAUACCAACAGGCCCAGAGAACGUAAUAUUACGGACCUACGCGGAGGAAAGCAGAAGCUUUACUUGGCAAUGUAUGCCGUAUGGAUUUCUUACUCUACGAUGCCGAUCGUUAGCAGUGGAUUAUACACGUUUUUGCCGACGAACGAAACGUACGAAACCAAAUAUCUGUUUCGCUUGGAACACGUGAUUGAUGUGGAAAAGUACUUUACUCUGUUGAUGCUACUUGCGAUCAUUGGCGUCUUCUACAUAGUAUCGAUAGCGAUAGCAGUUGACAGCAUUUUUGUACUUUGCAUACAGCAUAAUUCCGCAUUGUUUGAGGGAGUACGGAAUGGUUAUACUGUGCUUAAGUUUCAGUGUGGCUCAGGUGAAUAUUCGUUAUUGCUAGUGGACAAUCAAUUGGACGCGAUUAUUAGAAUCGUCGCUCUAAAUGUGGCGGAAGUCUUACAUAUAUAUUAUCUGAGUUUAAUGUCACAACAACUGAUCGACUACAGCAGUGGCAUUCAAGAAGUAAUAAUGUCUGUCUACAACAGUCGUUACUAUUAUCUUAACAAAGUAAUACUGUCCAUCGUAGGCCUAUGGCCGUAUCAAUCGCGUCUGAAGGGUAACGUAAUGACUACCAUUACGUUAUUGUUUGUUGGUAGUUAUUCGAGCUUAGAGUUGUGGAGCUUGAUAAGCGGCAUCAAGGAUUUGUCUAUUGUCAUAGAGAAUCUGUCAACCACACUGAUAAAUUUUGCCAGCGUAGGAAAGAUGGCUAAUCAUUUGUACAAUAAAUAUAAAAUGAAGAAUCUUUUGGAUCGUAUCGAAGAAACUUGGAAGAUGAUACCAACAGGCCCAGAGAACGAAAUAUUGCGGAACCACGCGGAGGAAAGCAGAAUCUUUACUAUAUAUUACACACUGGCAAUGUACUCCGCGUGGAUUUUUUAUUCUACGAUGCCGAUCGUUGUCAGUGUAAUAUAUAAGGUUUUACCGGCGAACGAAACGUAUGAAGCCGGAUUUUUGUUUCGGUUGGAACACGUGAUUGAUGUGGAGAAAUAUUUUACUCUGUUGAUGCUAUACGCGUUUAUUAGCGUGUUCUACAUAUUAUCGAUAGUGAUAGCAGUUGAUUGUAUAUUUGUACUUUGCAUACAGCAUACUUGCGCAUUGUUUGAGGGUAUACGAUUUAACAUGGAGCGCAUAAGAUCUUUGGAAUGUGCUCAAGCUGAAGCUCAAUGGAUGCUCAAGCCAAACAUAGCAGACGAUGAAGCAUAUCAUAUCAUAAUUGGCUGCAUCAAAUCGUAUAAAAAUGCUUUAAAUUUUUCCGAAGUGCUUGCUUCUGCUUACUCAACAUUCUUUCUGGUUCUGCUAGGAACUGUUAUAGUAUGCUUAAGUUUCAGCGCGGCUGAGUUAAUAUUGUUGGACAAUCAAUUGGAUACAAUUAUUAGAAUCGUCGUUAUAAAUGUGGCGCAAGUCUUACAUGUAUAUUACCUGAGUUUGAUGUCACAACAACUGAUCGACUACAGCAGCGGAGUGCAAGGAAUAAUUUACAACUGCAACUGGUACGCGAUUUCGCUGAGAUCCAGACAAUUGUUAAAAUUCACUUUACUCCGCGCUACUAAACCGUGCCAAAUAACGGCUGGGAAAAUGUAUAUAAUGUCGAUGGAAAACUUUAGUGCGGUAUGUACGAAUGUAUUAUCAUUUCGGUGAUUAGUUGACAAAAUCCAACAUCUUUGCGAUUUUACAUUUUCAGAUUAUACAAGCCUGCAUAUCUUAUUUUACGAUGCUAAUAUCAUUACAAUAAUUGCUGUAUAAAAACACUGAAGAGCAAAAAGUAGUGAGGAGAUUUUUGAUAAAAGGCUGACGAUAUACAAAUAAUAUGUUAGUAGUAAUUGUUAGCUUAUUUGUGUAAUGGAACGAAUAUGUUGUAAUUUCAGCAUUUUUACAUUUAUUAAAUGUUUUUAUAUGAUAAUAAUGAAAAUAACGAUCUUAUGUUAUAUUAACUCUUUUAUUCAAAAUAUGAUAUGUCGAUGUAAUGAGUGAUAAAUAUACAUAUCUGCUACACGCGCAUAUGAUG